CCCUCGCUCUCGAUGCUCGCCGCUCCCGCCGAGCGUCACACGCGGCCCCCGAAGGCCCCCGACGCGGCCCCAGUGCAGUGACUCGUCGACCAGCCGCCCCCACUCGGCCCAUUCGCGCGCGCAUUCCUCCUCGGUCGUUCGCCAGGGCCGAUGCGACGGCCCCCCGGCAGGACUCGCGAGGCCCUUGAGGCCCCACCACCGGCCCACGUGGCCCACUGGCCCCCGAUGACGCCCCCGCGCAGUGCGACGUGAGUGAUGCUUCGCAGCCUCCGCUCGGGUCUUUGAGUGUUCAGUGCUUGGCAGGACGGGGUGCAGGCAUGUGGGUGGUAGUGUGGGGGCUUGUGUGGGGACUGCUGGCCCCCGGGCUGGAGGCCAACCCUGACGCCAAGAGGCUGUACGACGACCUGCUUUCCAACUACAAUCGGCUCAUCAGACCUGUCGGAAAUAAUUCGGACCGUCUCACCGUCAAGAUGGGCUUACGCUUGUCGCAGCUCAUCGACGUGAACUUGAAGAACCAAAUCAUGACAACCAACGUGUGGGUCGAGCAGGAGUGGCACGACUACAAGCUCAAGUGGAACCCCGAGGACUACGGAGGAGUGGAGACUCUGCACGUGCCCUCGGAGCACAUCUGGUUGCCCGACAUCGUGCUCUACAACAAUGCCGACGGCAACUACGAGGUGACCAUCAUGACCAAAGCGAUUCUCAACCACACGGGCAAGGUCACGUGGAAACCUCCGGCCAUUUACAAGUCUUUCUGCGAGAUUGACGUCGAGUACUUCCCGUUCGACGAGCAGACCUGCUUCAUGAAGUUCGGCUCGUGGACUUACGACGGGUACUUGGUGGACUUGCGGCACAUGGCGCAAACACCAGGGUCGGACACGAUAGACAUGGGCAUCGACCUUCAGGACUAUUACCUGAGCGUCGAGUGGGACAUCAUGCGAGUGCCUGCGGUGCGAAACGAGAAGUUCUACAGCUGCUGCGAGGAGCCUUACCCCGACAUUAUAUUCAACAUCACUCUCAGGAGAAAGACCCUUUUCUACACGGUCAACCUGAUCAUACCUUGUGUAGGCAUCUCGUUUUUGUCGGUGCUCGUCUUCUACCUGCCCUCAGAUUCAGGAGAAAAGGUGUCACUUUGCAUCUCUAUUCUGCUGUCUCUGACCGUGUUCUUCCUGCUGCUGGCCGAAAUCAUUCCGCCGACCUCGCUCACAGUGCCCCUCUUGGGCAAGUACCUGCUCUUCACUAUGGUGCUGGUCACACUUUCUGUUGUGGUCACCAUCGCGGUGCUCAACGUUAAUUUUCGGUCGCCGGUGACACACAAGAUGGCACCGUGGGUGUACCGACUCUUUAUUAGGACACUUCCAAAGGUGCUGUUCAUCGAGCGUCCGCAGAACGAAGAUGAGGCGGAUGCCGUGGUGACGGCGUCGACGCCCGCCUCGGAGAACACCUGCCUGGACGACUCCAAGUACGAGUUCCAGAAGCAGCGCUACAGUCCUGCCGAGUACGACAUCGCGGGGGGUCUGCGGUACGAGGGGGUGCCGUUCGACGCCGCGGGGCUGCCCCCGUUGCCGUCGCCCCUCAUGCUGCCGGCGUCGCCCAACGAGGACGACGUCUGUCGGGACGACCUCAGCCCCUCGAUCGACCGCUGCCUCGCGCAGGAGAUCGAGAAGGCCAUCACGGACGCCCGCUUCAUUGCUCAACACGUCAAGAACAAAGACAAGUUCGAAAACGUGGAGGAGGACUGGAAAUAUGUGGCGAUGGUGCUGGACCGGCUGUUCCUGUGGAUUUUUUCGGUGGCGUGCGUGAUGGGCACGGCGCUUAUCAUUCUGCAGGCGCCCUCCCUGUACGACACGACUCGCCCCAUCGACAUCCAGUUCUCCAAGAUCGCCAAGAAGAAGCUGCUGCUGAUGAUGAUGGGCCCUGAGGAGGAGUGACCCUGUGAGCUUACAAUCAAUCAGUGCGGACGCUCAAGUAGUGCAUUCACCAGUCUUUCCUUAGUUUUACGACUCACCACGGGCUCUCGAGGGCCUGGGCCCACAUUUUCCCCCACAAAUUUCUUCUCGUAACGACUGAGAGAAAAAUAAUUAAAUAUAUACGAUUCUUGCUUUUCAUUCAACCCGCCGGGUGGUGCGAUUGGCGUUAGUUUGAGUUUGGCGAUUAUACCACAUGCAUAAUCAACGGUGAAAAACGUUCCUAACUGUCAGAUUAAAACUACAAGAGCAACACAAUGAUAAUUUUUAUUGACACACACGCCUCUAUAUAAUUAUAAUAUAAUUGACAAUUUGAAAUAUAUACAAAUAUCCGGAGAAAAUUUGAAGCCCAGGCCCACUCAGAACGGCACCUCAAUCAUCGUCGCGACAAAUAAGAAGAGAUCAUAAAUUUAUUUUUAGCUAGCUCAUCUCAUGAGAUAUUUUCGUUUCGAGCUAAACGGAUUUGCAUAAACAAACACACACCUAAGGUAAAAUAAUGUAACGCGCGCGAUAUACGUGUGACUAAAGUAAUUAAAAAAAGGAAAACCAAUCACUCGGCCAGAGAAUGGUGGCGGAGCCAAAAUAUAACACUUAAUUAAAUUCGCAAAUUUAAAGUAAAAAGAAAAUGUUCAAUGUCUUCCAGUUUUAAAAAUGUGGAGCAUUUGAUAAGUUUAAAACUUUUAAAGUAUAUAUUGAAAUAUUUGAUCGAACAAAAUGGCGCAAAUUAACAAAAAUUAAGAUGUGUUACUUAAAUAAAAUAUGAAAACCAAGCUCUGCUAAUCAGCUUAAAUUUGGUUAUGGGUUGGGAGGGUCGUCUGAUCUGUACCCAAUCAGGGAUUUUGUACAACAGGCGGCCAUGUUGUUUUGCAGGGGACGAUGUGCAGACCUUGGUAUAUAAAAAGUAGAAAAAAUAAAUUAUAUAUUCGUGCCUCUGUGUUGUUUCAUCCCUGUUUCCUCCUUACUGUAAUACUAAUCAAUGGGAAAUUACUAAAAUUUGGCUCCGCCGACCCUCCCUCAGCCUAUGUUGCUAAAAUAAAUCGUUGUUGUUGUAUUUUAAUUAAUUAACCGAGCAGCUAACAAGAGGUGGCGGCCCCGCCCGCCGCGGGCCCUGCUCAAACCCAUGAUGUGCUGGGCCCCCGGGCCCCGGCCGCCCGGGCCGCUCGCCACUAAAUUUGCAUACUAACUGUCUCGCUGUGUAUAAUCGUCGUCAUUAAAGUCAACUCUAAAUGUCGUGCAUUUAAAGUAAGCGGUUUUUGCUUCGGAUGUGUUGGGGGUGCCUGAAGGAGGCUCCCGCCGCCCCCGUCGAUCUCUGAUAAAAAAAGAUGAAAAGAAAUUCUCUCUCUGUUGCUUCACACACUUGACCCCCUGAUCACACAAAAAAUACAUUAAAACACACACACUCGUCACAUACACACACGAAGAGAAAAUUGAGAAAAAAAAAUAUAUAUAAAAGGAAGAAAAAAACUCACUCCUACGUCUCAUGGUAUAUUUGCCGAUACGACAGUUGUUAUCAAGAAUCGACAGUUUUGCAAUUUAUUGUUGAAGCAUUCUGUAAGAAGGACAACUCUGUUAUAUUUAAAAAAUGAAAAUUAAGUGGAGAAAUUGAAGCCGGAAGAAGAAGAAAGAACAACGUGCAACAAAUAAACUAACAAGACGUAAUAUUGAUAAUUUAUAUGACAUGAUCAUUAUACAAAAAUUAAUAAAGUGAAAA